GGAGCCACCACCGCGCGGUACAAAUCGCACCAACAGAAACAAAGAAUAGCGGUGGAUUCAGUGUAAAAUAAGUUUGUGUGUGUGUGUUUUUGUGUAUGUGGUGUGCUCCACCUUCUCGGUGGAGCAUUUAAAAGGGAGGAAUUCAUCCGUCACGAAGCUUGGCGCCGGGUGUCGCUGUUUAGAGCGUGGUGUUCAUUUCUGCACAGAUUGUUGUUUCAGUGAGGGGGAAGAAAAACAAACGCGACCAACCGUAAUAAUACUGAAGCGGAAAACCGGCCAUCGAGCGUGUGGCGCGCCAUUUCCAAUUCGGCUGCUAAUCCGCAGGUUGCAACCAAAAAAAAAACAGCUUAUCAUCAACACACGACCCGUACAUACCCGUCAAUCAAACUUCAGCAAAACCAUCUCACCAGAAAUAAACCCGUUUUGGGAAAGGCAACAAAUACAAAAAGGGAAAGUUCGCCGUUCGACCACCUGUAAAUACCCAAAUCUGCCAGCCUCUUGCACGGCUGUGUGCGACCCUCUCUGUGUGUGUGUGUUUGUGCGUGUGUUUGCAGGUGUGCAUGUGUGUAUAGGGCAAGGUCGCUAAAACGUCGCUGAGAAUUGACCCAGUAACGCCCCAAAGCGUGCACCCCACCGAAGUCAUUCAAACAAAAACAGGCUCAAGGUGUUACGAAACGUAUAGCCGCCGCACACCACACGAGAUCGCGGAAAAGCGCGGGAAACAAUAGCGAAAGAGCGAAACAAAACAGAAACCAAUCGAACAACAAUCAACCACACGUCACGCACACACACACACACCCACACAACCGAGCAAACUUCAUCACGCACCAGCGUUUGGGAACGGUCUGCUGUGUAGCGCCAGGAAACAAAGCCCGUAACGAUGAGCGGUGUCGACGACAUUCUGACGUACAAGCGCGACUCCAAGGAGGAUCUUUAUGCGUUGCUUAAUUGCAGCGAAACCUCAACGGUCGACCAAAUCCAGGCCGAGUUUAAAAUACUCGCACUGCAGUAUCACCCGGACAAGAACGAUGGUGACAAGGAGUCGGAGGCAAAGUUCCAGCAGCUGAAGGAGGCGAAGGAGAUCCUGUGCGAUCCGGAGAAGCGUGCGAGCUACGACAAAUGGCGCAACAGUGGCAUCCAGAUUAGCUACAAGAACUGGCUCGGCAUGAAGGAGCACGUCCAGCAGAGCAUGCACUGGGCGAUCCCGAAAACGAAGGACCGGAUGCUGCCGGAGGGUGGCGCCACCGGUGGGGGCGCCGCUUCCGGCACCGGUUCGGGGCUGAGCGCCGCCCAACCGAACCCGGCCCAUCGGCGCGCCUCGGAGGGUGGCGCCGCCCUGUACUACGGUGGCCGGAAGGGUGAGUGGGGUUCGGAAAAUUCGAGCGAAGUCGUCAGCAAGUUCCGCAACUACGAGAUUUAAGCGCGCGGCAAAAAAGGGAAAGGGAGUUAGGGAGAGGAAGGUAGAGAUGUGG